AUGUCAAGCACCCCAACCCGUCGCAAUGUUCUCUCGAACUCAUCAGCACGUCGAAACAUUCUGAUUGUGGGUUGCGGAAUCGCAGGCCCAGUGCUUGCAACCCUUCUGCUCUCCUCUCCCGCUCCCUCCGACGAACUUCCACAAAUCACAAUCCUCGAGCGCAAUACAGCUGCCCUGGGCUCUGGUCAGAACAUCGAUAUCCGCGGGCUUGGAAAACAUGUGAUCAAAGAACUUGGCCUGACAGAAGAAAUCAAGAAAGCCACAACCGGUGAAGAAGGCGUCAAGAUUGUCGACGCAGCAAACAGGAUCUGGGCACAGAUGGCCGCCGACAAGACUGGAAAAGUCGAGACUGGGACUUCUGAUGUUGAGAUCCUGCGCGGCAGACUCGCGGAGAUUCUUCUGGGCCAGGCCAAGAGAGUCAGCAAAGGUGUCGAAGCAAGAGGUGGCAAGGGUGUGGAAUUCAUCUUCAGCGACAGCAUUCAAGGGUUGGAUCAAGAUGACAAUAAGGUGUAUGUUCAGCUUGCCAACGCAGGNCAAAGAACAUUCGACUACGUCGUUGGUGCGGAUGGUCUGCACAGCAAAACUCGAAGGCUGGCCUGGGGCGCAGAGCAGGAGGGAUGCUUGAAGCCGCUGCACGUGUAUGGUGCUUUCUUCAGCAUCAACAAGGAAGCAGGAGAUGGAGACUGGCGAUCAUGGUUUCAUGCUCCUGGUGGCGUCAGUGUCAUGCUACGUCCCUCGGGCACNAAAGAGAAGAGCACUGUGCUUGUGCUUCUUGCCGACAAGGAGGGUUCCAUUGCAAAGGAAAUAGCAGGCAGUGGAAGGGACGUCUCAGCACAGAAGAGUCUGGUGCUGAGGAAACUCAAGGGAAUCGUUUGGCAAGAGCAGAGACUGAGAAACGCCGUAUCAGAGGCAGACGACUUCUACUUUGACACUACAGCGCAGAUCAAGUUAGACAAAUGGAGCAAGGGAAGAGUCGUCUUGUUGGGCGAUGCUGGGUACGUUUCUUGUCUUUCGCCUUGUUCUUUGAACACGACUGACAUGAUCACAGGCAUNUGCACUUCUCCUUUCUCAGGCAUGGGCACCACACUUGCAUUGGCCGGUGCUUAUUAUCUUGCCGGUUCCAUGGUCAACUGCAUGAAUCACGAAAAGGGCUUUGAGAGAUAUGAAAAGUCGAUGAGACCACUCGUGGAAAAAGCUCAGAAAUUGCCUCCUGGUAUGCCGCAUCUCAUUCAACCGCAGUAUGUAUGGGGAGUCUGGUUGCUCAGAUGUUUGGCCGCCGCAUUCCAUUGGUCUGGACUGAUCUAUCUGAUCGCCAAAUUCAAAAGGCAACCAGCGCGAGUGAACCACUUCAAGAAGUAUGAUUUCCAAAUCAAGAAGGAGCAAUAA